CAAAAUUUAGAUUCAAAUUAUAACAAUUUCAAACAAUAAAAACAAAACAAUACGAACCCCACAAACAGCGAAACUUACUUGACAGAAGUUCUCCCGGGAAAAGUUGAGCCAAGGGUGACCCCAGAGACACAGGACCUGGCAGCCGGUGUCUCUAGCUGGGUUCACGCUUUGCUCAUCUAAAGGCCCAACUUAAAUACCCUUAACUUCCCCCUCGGCAACCUUCCUCCCAUUGUUUCUCUAAUCAUCGGCCAUUAACUUUGUUUACACUAAAUCCCGAAAGGGUCCCCGGGCACAUUCAAAUGCUAAUGUCCAGAGUAAGUCCUUGCUUUGAGUAACUGUCGUAGAGGUGUGUGAUGAUCGUUGCAAGUCUCUGCUGGCAUGUAACAUUUGAUCGUUGCAAGUCUUUGCUGGCACGUAGCAUUCGACCGUUGCAAGUCCCGAUGAGUUCAGCUGCACGUAGGCAGGGGUAAGUCAUCAGCACCUCGUGUUCACACCUUCUAUUUUUGGAACCCGGAAGAUCAGGAGAGGUGCUUUACAGAAGUUCGUGAAACGUGCGGGUUGAGCAGACACACAUACCUUUAUACAAUAUAUAUUACAGUUCCGAAUCUAUAAUUAUUUAUAGAACAUGAAUUAAAUAACCAUAUUUCCCACAGUAAUAAAUUCGCUUUGUACCUCUAAGCCGAGCCUGUUUUGCCCUUGGAGUGUUUUCUCCCAGUCCUUAUCUCAACUAAUGAACCCUUUGUUUAAUUUUCUUUUUUCUCUCCUAUGCCCAGCUGUGGCAGGGGAGGGUGAGCAAGUGACUUUUGUGGGUGUCUGGCAUUUGUACAGCAUCAAACUACGACAACAUUUUAAUUAAAAAAUUAGAAAGACAAAAAAAUCAGAAUGCCACACACUAAGUGAACUGUGAAUAAUUUGCAGGUCUCCAAACAGAAGAGGAAUGAUCAGCAAACAUUUGUGUGAUUGAGAUCCUCUCAGGAUCAGUUUUGUCUGUCUGCUAUUCUUUUUUUGUCAGUGGUCUUGAAGAUGCUAUACUGAAUUAUCACCAUGUCACAUUAGCAGAUUAUGCAAGAAUUGAGGGUGUGAGAAAUAAUGGAGUGACUUGCAAAGUGACUUGGAGCUUUUGGUAAACAAGGUGCACCUAAAUACAUAUUUAUACUUAUAUAAAUAUUUUGUUUAUCUUUUAGAUACAUAUUAUACAUAUUAUUUUUAAAAAUCUAUAUGCAAUCUCAAUAUGGCCAAACACAAUAUCCUAAUUGUGAACUAAAAAGUACAGGAAAUCCUUCCAUCUUAAGCACUUUUAAUCAUUAAUAAAAUAUGCAACCUAGAAACAUAUAUAGGAUUCAGCCUUGAUAAGUAGUUUUGAGCUUUUGGCAUGCCACACUCAAAAGGGCUUAACGUUUCGAAAGAUGCCUCAUUGACAGCAGAGAUGAGGGACUCAAUUUACUCUGUUUAAAGUCAAGUUGAGAGCUCUGUGUGCUCACCUGAGUUUAGUUGCUGAGUGUAAAAAAUAUGGUAUAUUAAUUCGUGUUUUUUGGUAUAUGUAGAAUGUAAAUAUGUUCUGUAAAGCAGGUCGGGCACAAAACCAGCUAAUCUCAGGACCAGGACAAGGAGCACCCAGGGGCUGAUAAUCAGAAAACGACAAUGCCUUGCCGGGAAUCAGGAGCCCGCUAUUGACACCAGAAUAAAAGACAAAUCAAGAUCGAAAUCAGUCCUCCAGGGGCAGCAGAACUGUGAAACGCCAGCCAUCACCGAGAUACAAUCAGGGGGAUGCCUUUCCAUUUAGAACUUCGUCUCCCAUCGCGGGCCAAAUAAACUGUAUAAAACCAGGACCCCAAAAAAGCCCAAUUCGUGAACGAGGGGGUUACAGCACACUAGGGGCUGUAACUGGUUCACCCAGUGUCGAUCCCAGGCAUCGGCACUGUUUCCGAUUGUUGGUUUUGCCUAAAUUUCUGUCUUGUAAUUCUUUAAUUAAUAACAUUAUAUUUUAUUAAUUUGGAUUAAAUUGGCAUUUAUAACACUGAGUUUAUAUAUAUAUGCAGACGCAUUUAUUCCUGGAGGGCUGCACCAGCAAUCGGACUUGGGGCUAAAAGUGAAAUCCAGCAGACUUAAGAUUGUAAAUAAAGCACUUAACAAAAAUUUAAUUUAUGAGAAUGUACUACCCAGUCCCCGGGUUAUGCCGCGGCGGGCACCAGCUGUCCAGACCCCUUUCCCCUCCGCCCUGAGCGUUGGAUUAAUCAUCCCCCACAGACCCGGGUAACGAUUAGUAACAGUCAACAACAGCUGGCACCACCUGCACUCCCUGAGGCUGAGGGGCCCGCAUCCCUGGGGGUUUCCCUCCACAGCUCCAGCCCCGUGAGGGGCUCGUCCUGUCCGCGGCACUUUCCGGUCGUACCCCCCGCCUGCCACUACUAUAUCCUCUGGUGACAUCAGCCUGCGCCGCCAUAUUGAAGGAGAAGUCACCUCCGCCAGCUCGGCCGCAGCAGGCGGGGAACGCCGUCUCUCCUGCCUCGGCGGAAUCCCGCUCCCCAUGAUUCCCCCCUGCCGGCCGCUGCCCCGGUGCGGAUAGGGCGGAGGCAGGAGCGGCUUCCGUCUCUUCUUCUUUCCCCCUCCAGAUCUGUCGCCAAGCUCCUCUCCCCGUGGCGGGCCUUUGACCUUCCACCACUUCCAGCCAUGACUUCCUUGACCCAGCGUAGCUCCGGGCUGGUGCAGCGCCGGACAGAGGCCUCCCGCAACGCCGCCGCCGCCAAGGAGAGGGAGGCGGGAGGCGGCCCUGAGGAUGAAGGCCGCCGGGACGAGCCCGAUGACCAUGAUAAGGGCGACUCCAAGGAAACACGCCUCACCCUCAUGGAAGAGGUGCUGCUCCUGGGCCUUAAGGACCGUGAGGGGGAGGACUUCGCACUCUUCUGCUCCAACAUGGGGUUCCUCCCACAGGAAACAGUCCUUCACAAACUUCUCCAACAUGAGUCCUUCCCACAGGCUCCAGCACGGGUUCCUCUAAUGGAGUGCAGUCCUUCAGGCACAGGCUGCUCCAUCAUGGGUUCCCCCACAGGGUCACAAGUCCUGCCAGCAAGCCUGCUCCAGCAUGGGCUCCUCUUCCCACAGGGUUACACAUCAUUUUGGAAUGAUUGCAUCUCCUCAGGAUUGCGUGGCUGUAUGUUAAUUGAAUUGGCAUUGCGAGGGCGUCUUCAAUUAGAGACUUGUGGAAUGAGGCGUAAAAGUCUAUUGACAAGAAAGCUUGCUGCUUCCAAGGUUCCUGCUACAGCUCAUUUCCCUAUGUGGAAGGGCACCAGGACCUGCUGCCCCUGUGAGGUUGUAAAGGAAGCCCUUUUUCAGUAUCUUCCACUGGCUGCACCUGCCAUUACCCACAUGAAGAAGCGACUGAGCUCGCACCACAGCACUCUCUGCAGCCACAGAAGAUUUAGCGCACCUGCCCUUCCCGGCGUGGAGCCAAUAGCACCCCUGCCAGCUGUGACCAUAACUACACCAAAGGGUGAGUACCAAUGAAGUCUCAACAAGAAGGCUGUGGAGAAUCAAGAGGGACCUCAGGACCUUUUGACAACUGGUCAAGGGAUCUGGAGCACAAAUUGUGUUCUCUUCUGUCCUGCCAGUUGCACGAAAUGAUGGGGCAAGAAGCAGGAAGAUCUUGCAGAUGAAUACCUGGCUUCAGGACUGCUGUUACCUGCAGAAUUUUGGGGGUUUUGAUCGUGGGUCAGUUUAUUGAGGACCAGGCCUGCUGGCAACAAACAGGGUCCACCUGUCUCAAAGGGGAAAAAGGAUCUUAGCUCAGGAGUUAGAAGGGCUCCCUCAGAGAGCUUUAAACUAGAUUUUAAGGGGCUGGGGACAGGGGCAGGCUCAAUAGAGAUAAGGUGUGGGAAGAGGAGAACUUUAGCGACCACCCAAGUAGAAAAAGGAGGUUUAGGAGGGAAUACCACAUUCAAGCACAAGCAGCCAAAGACAUAACCACAAGACUGGACUAUGGAGCAUCCCUUUGCACCCCCACUGGGAUAUUAACACACUCAAAUACCUCUAUAAGGUGCCUGUACACCAAUGCACACAGGAUGAGGAACAAGCAGGAGGAACUAGAGAUCUGUGUGCAGUCACAGGGCUUUGAACUCAUUGCGAUUACAGAGACAUGGUGGGAUAGCUCACAACUGGAAUGUUGUCAUGAAGGGCUACAUGCUGUUCAGGAGAGACACAUCAGGAAGGUGCGGUGGUGAAGUUGCCCUCUUUGUGAAGCUACGCUUGGAAUGUAUGGAGGUCUGUCUUGGGGUGGAUGACAAGCAGGUCGAGAGCUUAUGGGUUAGGAUAAAAGGGCAGACUAGUAAGGGUGACACUGUUGUGGGUGUGUGCUACAGGCUGCCUGAGCAGGAGGAGGAAGUGGAUGAGGCCUUCUACAGGCAACUAGAAGCAGCCUCACAGUUUCAGGCCCUGGUUCUUGUGGGGGACUUGAACUACCCUGACAUCUGCUGGAGAAGCAACACAGCAAAGCACAAACAGUCCAGGAGGUUCCUGGAAAGCAUUGAUGACAACUUCCUGUCACAGGUAGUAGAGGAUCCCACAAGGAAUGGUGUGCUGCUUGACCUUAAACUAACAAACAGGGAAGGCCUUAUUGGAGAUGUGAAGGUUGGGGGCAGCCUUGGCUCUAGUGACCAUGAGAUUGUGGAGUUCAGUAUCAGGAGAAGAGGAAGCAGAGCAGUAAUUAAGAUUACAACCCUGGACUUCUUGAGAGCUACCUUGAGCCUCUUCAGGGAUCUUCUUGGAAGAAUCCCAUGGGAACAGGCCCUGCAGGGAAGAGGGGUCCAAGAGAAUUGGUUGAUAUUCAAGAAUCACUUCCUCCAGGCUCAAGAACAGUACAUCCCAAUGAGCAAGGAAUUGGGCAAAGGGGGCAAGAGACUUUCAUGGAGGAAUAAAGAACUCAAGCAUAAGCAGGAAGUACACAGGAGGUGGAAACAGGGUCAGGCCGUUUGGAAUGCAUAUGGAAAGGUUGUCAGAGAAGGUACAAAUGAGACAAGAAAGGCCAAGGCCCAUCUGGAAUUAAAUCUUACCAAGGAUGUCAAGGACAACCAGAAGGGCUUUUUCAAUAACAAAAGGAAAAUGAAGGAUAAUGUGAGGCCAUUCCUAAAUGGAGGGAGACCCUAGUAACAGAGGACUCAGAGAAGGCAGAGUUACUGAAUGCCUUCUUUACAUUGGUCUUCACUGACAAGAUCAACUCUCAGGGAUCUCUGACCCAGAAGACCAUGGUUAAAGAAUGUUGGAAAGACUUUCCCUUGGUCAAGGAGGAUUGGGUUAGAGAAUACCUAGGCAAACCUGACAUCCACAAGUCCAUGGGCCCUGACAGGAUGCACCCAUGAGUACUGAGAGAGGUAUCAGACAUCAUUGCUAAGCCACUCUCAAUCAUCUUUGAAAUGCUGUGGAGAUCAGGAAAGGUGCCUGAAGACUGGAAGAAAGCAAAUGUCACCUCGGCCUUCAAAAAGGUCAAGAAGGAGGACCCAGAGAACUGCUGGCCAGUCAGCCUCACCUCAAUCUCUAGAAAGCUGAUGGAGCACCUCCAUUCAGAGGCCAUCGCUAUCCACAUAUCCACAUGUGUGGGCCUGACAUUUGGUCUGAAUUUAGGCUUCAGGCUUUGCCAGUGUCUGUGUGAAAGGCAAGCCAGCAACUUUCUCAUGUUAGCCUGAGAAAUCUAAAGGAGGAAUUCAAACAAACCUUGGGAAGUGAGAAACCAUCCACAGGUGGUGUUUUUCCAACAUGUUUACUGGAAAGAAAUGUUUACUAAAGUGUGUAGAUGCUGAAUAACCAAUCAUGUUCUUUGUACCAAACUACUCUAUAAAAGUAGAAUUUAGAAGAAUAAAGUUUGGUCUCAUCUUUACCAUCAUGGAGAGUCAUGUUGUUAUUCCUGUGCCAUCUGAAAACCAUAACAACACACAUGGACAACAAGAAAGUAAUCAGGAGUAGUCAGCAUGGAUUCACUAAAGAUAAAUCAUACUUCAACAGCCUGAUUGCCUUCUAUGAUGAAACAAUUACCUGGAUAGAUGAUGGGAGAGCAGUGCAUAUUGUCUACCUGGACUUCAGCAAAGCUUUCACCACUGUCUCUCACAACAUACUCAUAGGCAAACUCAGGAAGUGUGGACUGGAUGAGUGGACAGUGAGGUGGAUUGAGAAGUGUCUGAAUAACAGAUUCCAGAGGGUUGUGAUCAGUGGCACAGGGUCUAGUUGGAGGCCUGUCACUAGUGGUGUCCCCCAAGGUUCUAUACUGGACCCAGUAUUGUUUAAUUUUUCCACCAAUGACUUGGACAAAGGGGCAGAUGCCUCCUCAGCAAGUUUGCUGAUGACACAAAGCUGUGAGGAGUGGCCAAUACUCCAGGGAGCUGUUCUGCCCUUCAGAAGGACCUUGACAGGUUGGAGAGAUGGGCAGAGAGGAACCAUCUGAAAUUCAGCAAAGGCAAGUCCAGGGUCCUGCACCUGGAGAAGAAUAACUCCAUGCACCAGUACAGGCUGGAGGUGACCUGCUGGAAAGCAGAGCUGAAGAGAAGGACCUGGGAGUCCUGGUGGACAACAAGCUGUCCAUGAGCCAGGAAUGUGCCCUUGUGGCCAAGAAGGACAAUAGUAUCCUGGAGUGCAUUAGGAAGAGCAUUGUCAGCAGGCUGAGAGAGGUGAUCCUGCCCCUCUACUUAGCCCUUGUGAAAGACAUCUGGAGUGCUGUGUCCAGUUCUGGGCU